CGCGAGUCCUGUUUGCAAAGCUUAGCUUUUGAAUCGCUCUCGCGAUACUUUGAUGUCAUACGCCGGUCGAUAUGCACAGCGCUUCUCUGGAUGUAUGAAAUCAAACGCGACGAAUGACUUCGAUUACCUAAGCAGGAAGGAGAAUGCAUUUUGCAGACUUCCUCGCGGGAUCUAUUGGAGGAGCCUGUGGGGUGGCUGUGGGUUAUCCUCUUGAUACUGUCAAAGUCCGAAUCCAAACUCAGAAACACUUCACAGGAAUCUGGCAGUGUUUCACAACCACUAUUAAAAAUGAAGGGGUUCACGGCUUUUUUAAAGGAAUGGCUUUACCUGUCACCACCAUAUCCAUGACGUCGUCUCUGGUGUUCGGCACCUAUCGCAACUGUCUGCAGUGUUUCAGUCACAUUCACGCCUCUGACGGCCGCAACACCAAACUAGAGAUGUUCCUGUCAGGUUUUGCUGGUGGCGUGACGCAGAUUUCUGUAAUGUCUCCUGGUGACAUCGUGAAAGUUCGUCUUCAGUGUCAAACCGAGGGACAGAGGAACGGACUCAACUGUCCCAAACCCAAAUAUCGUGGACCCGUUCACUGUCUGCUGACGGUCAUCAGAGAAGAGGGAGUUGUGGGACUUUAUAAAGGAGCUUUUCCUCUGGCCUGCAGGGACGGACCGUCCUUCGCCACAUACUUUCUGACGUAUGACACGUUGUGUUCUAAACUCGGCAAACCGGGACAGAAGCAGCCAGAUUGGACGGUGGUGAUGUUUUCUGGCGGUGUUGCGGGAAUGGCUGGCUGGUCUGUCGGGACGCCCAUGGAUGUGAUCAAAGCUCGUCUUCAGAUGGACGGAGUCGGAGAGCAGAAGAGAUACAGAGGAUUUCUUCACUGUGUUUCUGAGACCGUACGCCACGAAGGUCCAUCGAUAUUCUUCAGAAGUCUGGGAAUAAACUGCUUACGAGCGUUUCCGGUGAACAUGGUGGUUUUUGCCGUGUAUGAGGUGUUGGCUGAGAUCCUCAGAUCGGCGUCUGUCGGGCCGCUCUUUUGACGGACAUCAAUCGUGCUUUAAGGAUUGUUGUAUAUUCUCGUGGGGAGUUUAUGAGGCGUCUGCUUCUGGCGAGAUCACGUCCGGGUCACAUUAUGUGAUGUUGAAAUAUACAGGAAAUGAAGGCGUUUGGUAAUGUUGAUCAGAUAACACUCGCCUCAGGUUACACUUAUAAGUUCGGUUUUUAUUUUUUGUGCAUUUACGGUUAGCAUCGCAUUAAACAAUGACAUAGAGAUUUAACACGUUAAAGUAAGAGAAACUAGAUGUAAAUAAGUAAUGACCCAUUGAGAUGACUACAUUUGAUGGCUGCUUACUCAGACAAAGAAAUAGCAUUUAUAUAUAUUGAUAUUUGUAAAAUACUGUAACAACAGUAAGAGCGAACACGAUUUUCCCAGGUUCAUUGUUUGUCAUCGUCUUUUAUUUCAAACUCUUCGUUUUUUUGUUUCUUUAUUUAUACUGUCGUUGAACCAUUGUGCUUUACAAAUAUAAAUAGCAGAAACAAAAAAGAAAGGCAAACAACAGGAAAUAAAACGUUUACAAAUGCGCACACUCCGGAUGACUCACAUGCUAUAGGCUUUUUCUAAAAGGUGAGUUGUGAGUUUUAUUUUAAACAGAGAUUCUUAUUGCCAUCAUGAAUGAAAAUCAAACUCACACACACGAGAAAUCGAUCAAUAUUACUGAAGAUGUGAAAUAUAACAUUUUUCCAGUAAUACAUGGUUGAUAUUAGAGACUGUGAGUUUAUGACGUUUCUUCAUCUGCGGUUCUAUGGCGGCAUCUAUGGACAACCGCCGGUAACACGUCACCAUUCAUCCUCAAGAGAAACCCUGACAGAACACAUCAUAUUCUACUGGAUUCAAUGGUUAUAAUGGGAGUUGUAUUUGGUUUUAAUGGAGACUAUAAUGAUGUCUGUGGUUGUCUUCCGGUGAUGUGUUGAGUUUGUGGGAUGUUAUCUGAAUGAUGUAAAACAGAUGUCUCUCUAAAAACUCUUCCUAAAAUAAACCCUGAUGGUUCCUCCUCGUAUUUGUCAUUAUA